GAGAAGAGAGGAAAUAACAGAGAAAGUGAGAGUUACAUAGACUUUUACAAGAAAGAGGAAAAAAAAUAAAUCAAAAACAGACAGAAUCCAUUGAAAAAUGCUGUUCUCAUCUCAGUCUAUAAGUAGAAAUAUCCCAUUCAAGAAGAAUUCCUCCUUCGCUUUGUCUUCAAGCCAUCUCUUCUUUUCUACAUUCUUCUCAUCAAGGGUAUUUGACGAGUCUCUCUUAUUCUAUUUAAUCUUAACUUCUCAAAUUGUGGAAAUCUCUACACAGGCUUUCUGUUGAACUUAUGGGUUUGCGUCAAUUUUUAGGAAGCUGAAUGGGUGUGAGAUAAUAACUUUAGAAGCCGGGGAUAUAUUUUUGUAACAAGUAAUUGAACUCAGAUACAUAAAAUGGAGGAAAAACCGUUUCCUGCAUGGUCUUGGUCAGUUGAGCAAUGCCUAAAAGAAUACAAUGUGAAAUUGGAGAAGGGUUUGGAUUCAUCUGAGGUUGAGAUGCGGAGAGAGAUUCAUGGUUGGAAUGAGCUCCAAAAAGAGAAGGGAAAACCUCUGUGGAAACUAGUUUUAGAACAAUUUGACGACAUGCUUGUCAAAAUUCUUCUACUUGCGGCUUUUAUAUCGUUCGUUCUUGCUUAUGUGGAAGGGAAUGAAACGGGGGAAACAGGUUUUGAGGCUUACGUCGAACCGUUUGUGAUUCUGAUGAUCCUUGUGUUAAAUGCCGUAGUUGGGGUUUGGCAGGAAACCAAUGCUGAAAAGGCACUUGAUGCUCUUAAAGAGAUGCAAAGUGAAUCUGCGAAAGUUCUUAGAGAUGGAUAUUAUGUGCCGGAUUUACCUGCUAGGGAACUUGUCCCUGGAGAUAUAGUGGAAUUAAGGGUUGGAGAUAAAGUCCCUGCUGACAUGAGAGUUGCAUCUUUAAAAACAUCGACGUUAAGGGUUGAACAAAGCUCGCUAACAGGAGAGGCCAUGCCUGUGAUCAAAACCACGAGCCCCGUUUUCAUAGAUGACUGUGAACUGCAGGCUAAAGAAUGUAUGGUUUUUGCAGGCACAACAGUGGUGAAUGGAAGUUGUUUAUGUGUUGUUGUAAGCAGUGGGAUGAAAACUGAAAUUGGAAAUAUCCAAACUCAGAUUCAUGAAGCUUCACUGGAGGAGAGUGAUACUCCUUUGAAGAAGAAACUUGAUGAGUUUGGCGGGAGGUUAACAACUGCCAUUGGGAUUAUUUGUUUGACAGUGUGGAUCAUCAAUUACAAAUAUUUCUUGACAUGGGAGGUCGUUGAUGGAUGGCCUAAAAAUUUUCGGUUCUCUUUUGAGAAAUGCACUUACUAUUUCAAGAUAGCUGUUGCUCUCGCAGUAGCUGCAAUCCCUGAAGGUCUUCCUGCUGUAAUAACGACUUGCUUGGCUUUGGGUACCAGGAAAAUGGCACGAAAAAAUGCAAUUGUUCGGAAACUUCCAAGUGUAGAAACCUUGGGGUGCACAACAGUUAUUUGUUCGGAUAAAACUGGAACGCUUACGACUAACCAGAUGUCGGUUACCGACUUUUUCACUUUAGGCGGGAAAACAACAAUGUCUCGACUUUUUCAUGUUGAAGGAACUACGUACAAUCCGAAGGAUGGAGGAAUCGUGGAUUGGACUUGUUACAACAUGGAUGCAAAUUUGCAAGCCAUGGCAGAGAUAUGUGCAGUUUGCAAUGACGCUGGAGUUCUUUGCAAAGGCCGCCUUUUUCAGGCUACAGGUUUGCCUACUGAAGCAGCUGUCAAGGUAUUGGUGGAGAAAAUGGGGGUUCCAGAUAUUAAGGCAAGGAAUAGGAUACGAGAUUUACAGCUUGCUGCAGACUAUUCAAUUGAUCGAAGCACCAUUAAACUAGGUUGCUGUGAUUGGUGGGCAAAAAGAUCAAAAAGGGUUGCUACUUUGGAGUUUGAUCGAGUUCGUAAAUCGAUGAGUGUUAUUGCUCGAGAGCCAACUGGUCAAAAUCGUCUUCUUGUCAAGGGUGCUGUCGAGAGUGUCUUGGAGCGAAGUUCAUAUGUUCAGCUUGCUGAUGGAUCAGUCGUUCCAAUGGAUGAUCCUUGUAGGGAAUUAAUAUUGAUGAGACUGAUGGAAUUGAGCUCAAAAGGUUUGCGUUGCUUGGGUAUGGCAUAUAAGGAUGACCUAGGAGAAUUUUCAGACUACUACUUAGAGAGUCAUCCAGCUCACAAGAAGCUGCUCGAUCCAGCGAACUAUUCUGCUAUAGAGAGCAACCUUGUUUUCGUUGGGGUUGUCGGGCUUAGGGAUCCACCUCGUGAAGAAGUUCAUAAAGCUAUUGAAGAUUGUAGAGAAGCCGGGAUCAAAGUGAUGGUCAUCACUGGAGAUAAUAAGUCCACAGCUGAGGCUAUCUGUCGAGAAAUUCGUUUGUUCUCUGAGAGUGAGAACCUCAAAGCAAAGAGUGUUACUGGUAAAGAGUUCAUGGCUUUUUCCUCCACCCAGCAAAUUGAGAUUUUGUCAAAACCUGGUGGGAUGCUUUUCUCUCGGGCUGAGCCAAAACACAAGCAAGAUAUUGUCAGAAUGCUGAAAGAAAUGGGUGAAAUCGUUGCAAUGACGGGAGAUGGUGUGAAUGAUGCGCCUGCACUGAAGCUGGCUGACAUAGGGAUUGCAAUGGGUAUAUCAGGAACUGAGGUUGCCAAAGAAGCAUCAGAUAUGGUUUUGGCAGAUGAUAAUUUCAGUACUAUUGUUUCUGCUGUUGCCGAGGGUCGAUCGAUUUACAAUAACAUGAAAGCUUUCAUCAGGUACAUGAUAUCAUCUAAUGUAGGUGAAGUAAUAUCAAUCUUCUUAACGGCAGCACUUGGCAUACCAGAAGUCUUGAUACCAGUGCAACUUCUUUGGGUCAAUUUAGUUACUGACGGUCCGCCUGCAACAGCUCUUGGUUUUAACCCAGCUGAUGUUGAUAUCAUGCGGAAACCACCUCGUAAGAGCAAUGAUGCUCUGAUCAACUCUUGGGUUUUCUUUCGGUACAUGGUGAUCGGAUCAUAUGUGGGUUUUGCAACUGUUGGUGUUUUCGUCUUGUGGUACACUCAAGCUUCUUUUUUGGGCAUUGAUCUUGCUGUUGAUGGGCACACUCUGGUCACCCUAUCUCAACUACGAACAUGGGGAGAAUGCCCUACAUGGAGAAAUUUCUCGGCGGCUCCAUUCACAGUCGCUGGAGGUCGUAUUGUCACUUUCUCAGACCCAUGUGAUUACUUCUCCACCGGUAAAGUCAAGGCAAUGACUCUAUCUCUCUCUGUUCUGGUUGCAAUUGAGAUGUUCAAUUCCUUGAAUGCCCUGUCUGAAGAUAAUAGUUUAGUAAGAAUGCCUCCAUGGAGAAACCCUUUUCUUCUCCUGGCCAUGUCAGUCUCAUUUGGGCUUCAUUUUCUCAUCCUAUACAUACCGUUUUUAGCUGACGUUUUCGGAAUCGUUCCACUGACACUAAACGAGUGGAUUUUGGUAAUCUUGGUCUCAGCACCAGUGAUCCUGAUAGACGAGGUUCUUAAAUUUGCUGGAAGGAGGAGAAGACGGGUAUCUAAGAAGUCCAAGAAAGCAUAAGACAGCUUAGGUAAAGUUGUUCUAUGAGGUUGGUUUAAACAAUACGAAGAGAAGAAAAUUCCCGUCAAUUAUUCGAUUUAUAUAAUCAUAUAUGUGUAGGUUUCUUGUUUUUACAUGAAAAGUAGAAAGUUCAUGACAGUGCUUAUGUUUUUGGCCUUCUAAUUGAGUAACUGAAGGCCAUUUAAUUUUGCUACACUUCCACUGUAAGUAUUCGGUAUUGCAACUUUUUCUGGAGUAGUAGUUAUGUUUGUCUAAUCAAACCAUUGAUUCAUUUAUUUAUUCUUGAAUGUAGCAGA